UUGAACUUUCUGUAGAUUAUAAAAUAGCAAUUACUGAUUAUCUUCGCGAAAUUGGGAAAUGUGUCGGGGAAACUAUUGAUUCUAGAUGGGAUGGAAUGAAACUAGAAAAUGUUCUUUUUAUCCUUACUGUCCCUGCUGAAUAUGAUGAUAAGGCGAUACGUAUAAUGAGGGAAUGUAUGAACGAUGCUAAAUUAAUUGAUGAUUUGUAUUCUGAAAGGUUACAAUUUACUACGGAACCUGAGGCUGCAGCAAUUUAUUGUAUGGAAAAUAAUCUCAAAGAACAUGAUUUGACUGAUAGUGGAACAACUUUUAUGAUCGUCGACUGUGGUGGCGGCACAGUAGAUUUGACGACGCGAAAAUUAUUGAAUAGAAAACAAUUGGGUGAAGUUACCGAAAGAACAGGAGAUUAUUGUGGAAGUACUUUUAUUGAUAAGGAGUUUAAAAAUUACUUACAACAUAAGCUUGGAAAAGAGACCAUGGAUUUAUUUGAAAAAGAACAAUAUGGGCAACUACAGUUUAUGGUUCAAGAAUUUUGUGAAAACGCGAAAUUGCCAUUUACAGGAGAUGAAACGAAUUUUAAUUAUGAAAUGGAUCUUGAGGAAAUUCCCGUUUUAUUAAAAAACUACUUGAACGAUGAUGUGAAAGAAAGAUUGGAAAAAGAUGAAAAUGUGAUUAAACUCGAUUAUGAAACGAUCAAAUCAAUGUUUGAUCCUAUCGUUGAAAAAAUUAUUAAGAUGAUAAGUAUACAACUUGAUAAUUCUCGUGAAAAAGGUUCAAAACCCUCUAUAAUGUUUUUGGUUGGUGGUUUUAGUGAAUCAAAAUAUUUACAAAAAAGAAUUAAAGAUGCAUUUCAAGAUCAUGUUGAUAAUAUUUCUGUUCCUCAAAGUCCGACCGCUACUAUUUCCCGUGGUGCAGCAAUGUAUGGGCUAAGUCUCUUCAGCGGUGAGGAUCCAAGUAUUAAAAAAGGCUCAAAAAGUGUUAUAGGUUCACGUGUAUUGAAAAACACUUAUGGGGUUGAUGUCCUAAGACCUUAUAGUCCCGGAGAUCCAAAAGAAAGAGUAGGUUUUAGUUUUUUAGGACCUUCAACGCUUUAUUUUAAUAUUAUCGCAAAGAGAGGGACCGUAGCCAAAAUUGAUGAUGUUUUUCCUACAACUGAGGGGCUUACUGUAAGACCCGGUAAUCCAUUUCAAACUGUUGGAGAAUUUGAUAUCUAUUACACACGUGAAUAUGAUGCAGAAUUUAGUAAUGAAUCUGGAAUGAAAUUACUCGGUAAACUUAAGUUUUAUUGGGAUGACGCUCACUUGGGGUUUGAUAGAUCUGUUACCUUUAAGUUAUCAUUUUGCGAAAUGGAAAUUACCGCAACCGCAACAAAUGAUUUAACCGGUCAAAAUUAUCAUACGUACUUUGAGAUAAAUACAGAAAACUGAUGACUAUUAUACACACAAUUACCUAGUUUAUAUAAAUUGGUUCAUUAAUUUCUUUAU